GGAAUCUGAAGUCAACGCGGUAGGUUGCCCCUGGAGUUAGAGCGACUUUUUGAAAGACCAGCGGCGCAUCGGCGUAAUAAGGACCUUGCGUGAAGAAGGUGAUGCCAUCCUCGGUCUGCACCUGGCCACCUUUGAUGAUCCACGGCUCCUGGUCGACAAAGUCACCUCCUCGAAUGAUGUUGGUGUUGGGGGCCGCGCGACCAGUAGGGUCACCUACUGCGGUAGGCCGGCUCACUAGUUGGACGUUGACAUCGUCGAAAAGGACCACGGCUGAGGCAACCGAGCGACCGCACUCGAGUUCAAUGCGACGUCACUGCUCCUCGCGGUCGUACGCCAGUUUCCCAUCGAGAGUACCCGGCGGAAGUAAACUCGGAUGCGAAGCUGUACGUCACUUCGCGACUAGGGUCUGCGGUAUCUGUCGUGUCGAGGUAAUGGGUGAUGGUGCAUACACGGUCCGAACUGUACUCGGUUUGAGGACGCUGGGCAGCAGGAAGCAGCUGAUAAGAUUGGAUGUAGCUGGCGGAGAGCAAGGAGGCGGAGAACCCAAGUCAGCGUGUGCGUGUGACUUCACUCGAUGACUUCGCGCAUCGCUCACUAGUAGUGCCAAAAUUGAUAAGCUUUGCCAAGGGGCACCUCAUCGCUGCUGAUGAAGCUGGAAAUCUGCACAUGACUAGCGCCAUUUCCCCACGACAAUUUGGCCGCGUUGGAGCCAGAGUGAGGUUGAGUGGCUGCACCAAAGUCGAUUGCGCCACUGGUGCCAGAAAGCUGCUUGGUCCAUCCCGAACCCCCGCUUUCGAAUGAAGGAUCCUGCACCAAAUUUUG